UAGUCCACCUGCAGCCGCCGCUCCGAGCGCACCGUGUGACCAUGGCGCGCGUAGUCCUGGUGCUGGCGGUGCUCGCCCUGCUCAUCGCGGUGGUGCACGGCGGCGGCGGGGCCGCGACGGCCCGCACGGGCCCGGCGCGCAUCCUGGUGGCCAUGCCCUGGAACAACUACAGCCACAUGCAGGUGGUGUACCCCGUGGUGCGCGCGCUCUGCGCCCGCGGCCACGAGGUCGUCCUGCUCAGCCGCGUGCCCAUGCCGCCGCCCCUCCCCGCCAACUUCAAGUUCGUCCAGCUCGACUUCAACUCGCCGGCGCAACAGUACGGCUUCGAGAUAGGGCGACUACAGCAGAUCUCAGCGCCGUUCCGGGACGCGUACAACAUCCUCGCCCUGGGCCUGGACCAUUGCCAGCUCCUGCUCGGCCAGGAGCCGGUGCAGCGGCUGCUGCAGGGCGGCCCGGGCGGGGCACCGGCCGAGCGCUUCGACCUGGUCAUCACGGAGCUCUUCUUCACGGACUGCUACGUGGCGCUGGCGCACCGCCUGGGCGCGCCGCACCUGUUCGUCAACUCGGGCCCGCUGCCGCCCUGGGGCUACGCGCGCUUCGGCGUGCCCUCCAACCCCGCGCACGUGGCCGCCUUCUCGCUGCCCGUCACGGACGACAUGCCCUUCGCGGCGCGGCUGCAGAACGCGGCGCUGUGGGCCGCCAACGCCGCCCUGUACCACCUGUGGUUCGCGCCCCGCGAGCAGGCCGUCGUGGACGCGCUGGUGCCGGCGGGGACGCCGCCCCUCGCGCGCCUGCUGCCCGACGCUGCCAUGCUGCUGCUCAACACGCACCCCGCGCUCUCCCCCGCCCGCCCGCUGCCCCCCAACGUGGUGGAGGUGGGCGGGCUGCACAUUGCGCCCGAGCAGGCCCUGCCGCAGGACCUAGAGCAGUUCGUGAGCGGCGCCAAGGACGGCGUGAUCCUGUUCUCGCUGGGCUCCAUGAUCCGCGCCUCCUCGCUGCCCAAGGAGAACGCGGCCGCCCUGCUGCGCGGCUUCGGCGCCCUCAAGCAGCGCGUCGUCUGGAAGUGGGAGGACGAGGCCCCCGGCCCGGUGCCCAAGAACGUGCGCCUGUCCAAGUGGCUGCCCCAGUUCGAUGUUCUUUGCCACAACAACACUCGCCUGUUCAUCGGCCACGGCGGUCUGCUCAGCACCUCCGAGGCGGCGCACUGCGGCGUCCCCCUCCUGGGCAUCGCCAUGUACGGCGACCAGCGCACCAACCUGGCCGCCGUCGCCAAGGCGGGCGCCGGCCGCAGCCUUCCCUACAGCACCCUCAAGAACGCCGACCUCUUCCUCAAGAACGUCAAGGACCUGCUGGAGGAUCCCAGCUUCCAGCAGAGCGCCACCGCGCUGUCGGAGCGCUUCCGGGACCGGCCCAUGUCCCCGCUGGACACGGCCGUGUACUGGACCGAGUACGUGAUCCGCCACAAGGGUGCCCCGCACCUGCGCGGCGCGGCGCGCAACCUCACCUGGUACCAGGAGGCGCUGCUGGACGUGUUCGCCGUCGUGUUCCUGUGCCUGGCCGCCGCGCUGUACGUCGCUUGGACCGUGGUCCGCACCCUGCUGCGCCUCGUGAUGCGGGUGGGCUGCUCGCUGACGGGCGCCUGCGACCAGAAGGCCGCCCCCAAGAAGAAGAAGCAAUAGGGGUCCGCGGGCCUGGCCAAGCUACCGGACGUGCCGCAGGUAGCAGCGGAGAACCUCCGAACAUCGAGCAAAAUUUCUGCUCCGCCAGCCGCGCGGGUGGCUCCGCCGGGGGCACAAGUCCUGCCUACGCAGACGGCG